AUGAGGCUUCAUCUAAUCUUCAUAUUUAUUUUGAUUAUCGUAUGCUCGAAUGCUCAAAACGACGAUGUUAAUCCCGAAGAUGUCGAUGACGUAAAACCACCAGUAGAAGUAGAUUCAGUUGGACAGGAUGCUGAUGUUCAUGAUCCAACGACGAAAGAGAAAGACGAAAAAGAAAAUCAAGAACCACAGAACGACAAAGAAAAUGCUGCACCAGAAUUUGAUGUAAAGCCUGAUGUCGAAGGGGGAAAAGGAGAAGAAGAUCCUGAUGCGAACGUAGAUAAGCCAGUGCAAGUCGAUCCACCAAAAGACGAAGCUGAUGGCGCGGCGAAAGAAGACAGAGAAACUGCUGCAAUUGGUUCUGAAGGACUUCAUGAAGCCGUCGAAGAAGCUCGAGGAAAUCCAGGAGCAGUGGCAGAAGUUAAAAAACCGAUCACAGAUGAAGAACAAACGCUGGAAACCGCUCCAAUCAUUCGGCCGCAUAGAAUUGAUUCAAUGAAAGAACAGAAUCGGCAAUUGGAGCAAAUUGUGAGAUCUGAUGAAUCGACCGGAUUCAUGUCGUUCUUUUUUGUCGCAACCUUCCUAAUUGUCUGUAUAUAUUUACUCCAGCACAAUAAGAAGAAGAUCUUAGGAUUGAUGUUUGAAGGCCGAAGAUCUGGUGGUCGCCGUGGGGGAAAUGUCAAAUAUCGUAGAUUAAGUCAAAGUGAUCAAGAUUAA